AUGGAUAUAGGGAAUCAUUCCACAGUGACAGAAUUUCUCCUUAUGGGAUUAACAGACCAGCCAGAACUCCAGAUCCCCCUCUUCUUACUCUUCCUACAAAUAUACAUUGUCUCCAUGAUAGGGAAUUUGGGCUUACUUUUACUUAUUAGGAUAAGUUCUCAACUUCAUACUCCCAUGUACUAUUUUCUCAGUAACUUGUCUUUUAUUGACUUCUGUUUCUCCUCUGUCAUUACCCCCAAAAUGUUGGUGAACUUUGUAUCAGAGAAGAACAUCAUCUCCUACUCAGGGUGCUUAACCCAGUUCUUUUUCUUCUGUACUUUUUGUAUUGCUGAUUGCUUCAUGCUGACAGCUAUGGCCUAUGAUCGUUAUGUUGCCAUCUGUAGCCCCCUGAUCUAUACCACAACCAUGUCUCAGAAUACUUGCUUCUUGCUAGUGGUAGGAGUAUAUAUUAUGGGGGUCUUUGGAGCCAUGACUCAUACAAGUGCUCUAACCAAACGGUCCUUCUGUGGAAACAAUGUAAUUAGUCAUUAUUUUUGUGAUGUUCCUCCCCUUUUGAAGCUUUCCUGCUCUAGCACCUAUAUCAAUGAGCUGUUGGUGAUGCUUCUGGUUGUGGUUAACUCAUUAAUAACCACUCUACCCAUCUUGAUCUCUUAUGCUUUUAUCCUCUCCAGCAUCCUUAGGAUCCAUUCUUCCAAAGGCAGGUCCAAAGCUUUCAGUACCUGUGCAUCCCACUUGGCAUCUGUGGCUGUCCUGUAUGGUUCCAUUAUUUUUAUGUACUGCCAGCCUGCUUCAACCAGCAACAUCACUCAACAGAAAGUGUCCUCAGUGAUCUACACCACAGUUAUUCCCAUGCUAAAUCCUUGGAUUUAUAGUUUGAGGAACAAAGAUGUGAAGAAUGCAUUGAGAAAAACCAGGAAGGGCUGGACACUCUCCUGGUGUAAGUGGCACAAUUAA